AUGGCAGACACGAUGGAAUCUCCCCCACCUGAUCCUCCAGCUCCUCUUAAGCUGAGUAAAAAUGCAAUGAAAAAAGCUCAACGUGCCGAGAAGAAUGGAAAUCUUCAACCAAAAAAAGAAAAAGAUCCGAAUCGUUGGGCACCUAAGAACGAGUCAAAGAAAAAGAAAAAACAUGAGCUUGAGACGUGUUCUAACGUCAUUUUUGUGAAUCGUACGCCCAAGGGACAGAAGAAGGACCUGUAUACGGAGCCUAUGUUAACUGCCUAUAAUCCCAUUGCUGUAGAGGCUUCAUGGCAAGAUUGGUGGGAAGCUUCGGGCUUUUUUUCAUGUUCAGAUGAAAAGAUUCGGGCAGCUGAUCCUGAGAAACGUUUUGUCAUGGUCAUCCCUCCCCCCAAUGUCACGGGUUCACUUCAUUUAGGUCAUGCUUUGACUGUGGCAAUUCAAGACGCACUUACACGUUGGCAUCGUAUGUUGGGUCAUGCAACAUUGUGGGUGCCUGGUACAGAUCAUGCUGGUAUUGCUACACAAUCGGUCGUGGAGAAGAGACUAUUAAAAGAAGAAGGAAAAAGUCGUCAUGAUUUAGGACGAGAAAAGUUUCUAGAACGUGUAUGGGACUGGAAAAAUCAGUAUGAAAGCCGCAUUCAUCACCAAUUUCGAAGUGUUGGCUGCUCUGUCGAUUGGGAUCGCAAGUAUUUUUCCAUGGACGACAAUUGUAGUCGUGCUGUACGUCACGCUUUCUGUAAGCUUUGGGAAGAGGGACUUGUGUACAGAGCUACGAGGAUGAUCAACUGGAGUUGUAAGCUCAAGACGGCACUCUCUGAGAUUGAAGUCGACUACAUUGACAUUGAGAAACGCACGAAACUAGCGGUACCUGGACACAACCCGGACCGCAAAUACGAGUUUGGUGUGCUUACGUCAUUUGGAUACCAAGUGGAAGGAGCGAUGGAUGAGCAAAUUAUUGUCGCUACGACGCGACUCGAGACUAUGCUGGGCGACUCGGGUGUCGCCGUGCACCCCGAUGACCCGCGCUACAAGCACUUGCAUGGCAAGUUCGUGAUUCAUCCGUUUAAUGGCCGUCGCAUCCCCAUUGUACUAGACCCUGUCCUGGUCGACAUGACCUUUGGUACAGGUGCCGUCAAGAUUACGCCUGCCCAUGACCCAAAUGAUUACGAAUGCGGCAAGCGUAACAACCUCGAGUUUAUUAACGUGCUUACGGACGAUGGCGCGAUCAACGAAAACGGCGGUGAGUUUGCUGGUAUGAUGCGCUAUGACGCGCGUAUUGCCGUUGAGAAGGCCCUUGAAGCAAAGGGACUGUAUCACGGCAAGGAGGACAACAAGAUGCGGUUGGGCAUUUGCUCGCGUUCUGGAGACGUCAUUGAACCACUCGUCAAGCCGCAGUGGUUCGUCAACUGCGACCAGAUGGCGAAGGAUGCCAUGGCUGCUGUCACGAACAAGGAGCUGAUUAUCGUACCGGAAUCACACGAGAAGACGUGGUUCCGUUGGCUAGAGAAUAUUCGUGACUGGUGCAUCUCGCGACAGCUGUGGUGGGGCCACCGCAUCCCGGCCUACUUUAGUCGCAUCAAGGGCGAAUCCUUUGUCGACAAGAAUUCAGACGAUGCUAGCAACCGCUGGUUUGCUGGAACCUCUGAAGAAGACGCGCGUAAAAAAGCUUCGAUCAAGCUCGGCGUUGCUGAGGAUCAGAUCGAGCUGGAGCAGGACGAGGAUGUUCUCGACACAUGGGUGAGUGCUGGUCUGUUCCCGUUCGCGGUGUUCGGUUGGCCUGAAAAUACAGGCGAUUGUGAAAACUUUUAUCCGACGGACCUGCUGGAAACAGGCUAUGACAUUCUAUUCUUCUGGGUGGCGCGUAUGGUGUUCAUGGGCCAGAAGCUUACGGGCAAGCUGCCGUUCAAGACAAUCUAUUUGCACUCGAUGGUGCGCGACAAGUACGGUCGCAAAAUGUCCAAGAGUCUGGGGAAUGUCGUGGAUCCGCUUGAGAUCAUUGCCGGUUGUACUCUGGACGACUUGUUUAAGAAACUGGAGAACGGUAACUUGCCAGAGAAAGAGGUGGAGAAGGCUAAGAAGGGCCAGAAGCUGGACUUCCCACAAGGUAUUCCAGAGUGCGGUGCAGACGCACUUCGUUUUGGUCUAUUGGCUUACACGCAACAGGGCCGCGACAUUAACCUAGACAUUGGCCGUCUGGUUGGGUACCGCAACUUUUGUAACAAGCUGUGGAACGCCGUUCGUUUUGCCAUGUCCAACCUUGAGGGUGGUUUUUCGGCUGCCGAGAACGUUGCUGACACGGUCCUGUCCAAUGCUGUCGUGGGCUCUCGUGACCGCUACAUUCUGAGUCGUUUGAACCACGCCAUUAAGGUGUGCAAUGACUCGUUCGCUGCGUAUGAGUUCGGUGAGCUUACAAACGCCUUGUACAACUUCUGGCUGUACGACCUUUGUGACGUGUACCUUGAGCUGACGAAGCCUGUGAUCGUCGAUGAGGAUGCCGAAGCUAAGCUCACAGCGCAGCAGACGUUGUACGUGUGUCUGGAGUUCGGUCUUCGUCUACUCCACCCGAGCAUGCCGUUCGUGACGGAGGAGCUAUGGCAGCGUCUACCGGGCAAGCGUGCGACCGCUAGUAUUACGAUCGCGCCGUACCCGCUCCCUAUGGAGGGCUGGACGAAUCCGGAGGUUGAGGCGAAUAUGGAGCUUGUGAAGGAGGUUAUUCACGCUGCGCGUUCCGUGCGUGCCGAGUAUGACCUGGCAAAAAGUGUGCGUCCGCAGUUCUUCAUUAAGUGCAUUGACAACGACGUGAAAGCGGUGAUGGAGGCGCAACUCGAUGACUUCGCCACACUGGCCAAGGCAGGCGAUUCCAAGUGCAUUGUGGACGAGGAGGCCCCACCAGGCUGCGCUAUGCACAGUGUCAACAACAAGGUGCAAAUUUUCGUGCUACUCGCUGGCCUGGUGAACUUUGCCAACGAGAUCAGCAAGUUGGAGAAGAAGUUGACGAAAAUUACGCCGUCUCUUGCUAGCUUGGUGAAGAAGAUGAGCCGUGAGGAUUACGAAAAGAAGGUGCCGGAGAACGUACGCGAGGCUGAUGCCGCAAAGAAGGUAGCUCUGGAAACGGAAGAAGCUGGCAUACACCGCGCUAUUGCCGAGUUCAAGCGCCUUUUGUAG